AAAAAAAAAAAAUUUCAAACCAUGUACGACAAUUAUCAAACAUAUAAAUUACAAAGAUGUCAGAUUCAAUUAUAUUCGAGGCAAAACCUCCAUCUUAAUCUGGUAAAAGUUACAAAACGCGUAAGCAAGCUAAACCAACGAUCCUUAAUGUCGCCCCAAACGAAGUGGUAUUAUAUUCUGAUUCAUACGAAGAACAAAAAUUCGAUCAACAAAAGAUUCUUCAAGUGUAUUAGUGAGAAUCUCACUCUUCCUUAGAUGAAGAGAAUUAUACUGUAAAGGCUACAAAAACGAACCGACGGCAAAACUUCCUCACGUGCCGGAAUCCGAUUAUUCUCCGAAAACUAACCGACUGUUAAAAAACUUUAAGAGGUGAAGCCCUUGCUUCACCUGCCUCAUCUAAUACAGCACAAUUGUGGACAGAAAAAUAUCGCCAAAAUCUUGGUUAUUUCAUUUAUUUCAUGGUAAACCAGAAUCUCGGAAAGAUGGCUUAGCGAAUGAGA